AUACAGCAAUCCAUCUCGUGUUUCUGUUGUGGUUUAGAGCAAGAAAGGCGACAGACGAAUGACUUUGAUCCUCGGGACCCUCACUCCUUUUCUCAGGCAUUUUGUUAAAUCCCAGGUGCUGGUAUUGUUGCUGCACUUGUCCCAACCACGCGGUGUGAAGGGCUGUCAACAACACAUCGUAUGAACAGCAAGGUCGCUGAUUUCAACAAACAGGUCCGUGAUACGACGACAUACAAGGAGAGCUGGGACAGCUCGGGUAGUUUCAAGAUGGAGAUCAACGUAGCGGGUCUGGUCGUACUGAUUGUGUUCUACGUCAUCAUUUUGGUGGUCGGAAUCAUUGCAGCCAAAUGUGUAAAAAUAGAGGAGGGAAAUAAAUCUGAAAUGGCGUCAGUUGCUGGUCGUCAACUUUAUGGUGUCGUUGGUAUCUUCACCAUGAUAGCUACUACUGUUGGGGGUGGUUUUAUAAAUGGGACAGCGGAGUCUAUAGCUACUGGUGGCCUUGCUUGGACGAUCUCCCCCAUGGCUAUCUUUGUGGGUCUCUUUAUAGGGGGCAUAAUAUAUGCGGGACGCAUGCGUGAAAGGAAGUACGUCACAAUGUUACAGCCAAUUGAAGAGUGUUAUGGCCGCGUGGUCACGUGCCUCGUGUACCUGGCUUCGCUUUGCGGAGACGUCUUCUGGACAGCGUCCAUCCUCAAUGCACUAGGAACAAGCCUGAGUAUAAUACUCGCCAUCAACGUUGAGGCGGCCAUUGUGGUGUCUGCCAGUAUCACUGUUAUCUACACCAUGAUUGGUCAGAUGAUUUCAGUUGCAUAUACUGACAUAGUACAACUAAUUCUGAUCACCGUCGGCCUGGUGCUUGCAAUUCCAUUCGUGGUGACGGACGAUCGUGUGGGUGACGUCAGCACAACGUCAGACAUGUGGCUUGGCUCCCUGGAUGGCCGACAUGCUGUGGCCUGGGUUGACCUUGCCCUUGCUAUGAUAUUCGGCACUAUUCCCUGGCAAUCGUACUUCCAGCGUGUGUUGUCAGUCCGGAGUGUAAAACAGGCCCAGGUGCUCUCUGUUCUGGCCGGGAUGGGAGCUCUGAUCCUAGCUGUUCCCCCAUUCCUUAUCGGUGCUCUCAGCACAGCUGCCGAUUGGUCCAACUCAAGUCUGACCGGUGGCCUUGAUCCUGUGAGUGCCAACAUGAGCAGCAUGAUCCUGCCCCUUGUUCUCAAAGAGUUCACGCCAGAUGCUGUUUCCAUCAUAGGUCUUGGGGCAAUCUCAGCAGCAGUCAUGUCUUCCAUGGACAGCUCCAUCCUGGGGUCCAGCUCCAUGUUCACCCACAACGUCUACAGAACGGCGAUCAGGACACAGGCAUCAGAACAAGAGUUGAUGUGGAUACAAAGAACAUCAAUCUUGAUGAUCGGAAUAAUAGCCACCGUACUGUCCAUAUUUGUUAGGACAGUGUGGGGACUGUUUGUCUUGGCCGCGGACAUUGUGUUCGUCAUCGUGUUACCUCAGCUGACAUGCGCACUCUUCCUCCCAGCAACGAACGGAUAUGGCGGAAUUGUGGGAUUUACUCUUGGCACUGUUUUGAGGAUCGGUGCUGGUGAAAGCUUUUUGGAUCUCCCUCCAUUUAUUUUCUACCCAUUUUAUGACCAUGACGUGCCAGAACAACUGUUCCCAUUCAGGACAUUCGCCUUUGUUGUAUCGUUACUUGGUUUGAUAAUAGUUUCUUACGUGAUGAAGUUCUUGUUCGAAAGGGAAAUUCUUCAUCCGAAGUAUGAUUUUCUCGGAGCUCUGAAAUCAGGAUCUGCGGACAUAACCUCAAAAUACACAGACAAAAAUAAUGGCGUUGAGCUUGACAAUGUACAUACGGCUGAGAAGUCACCCAGUUAAGCCAGUACAACUGCAGGUUUGUCGUGAGCUAACUGGUGACAGCACAUCAGUACUGACAGAGAUUCAUGGCGUUCAAUGAACAUGUUGGCGUUACGAGCUCACCUGGAUUUCCACUUCGUAUAGAUAAUUUAGGCCCCAUCUACCAAGAUGAUUUUCGCUUUGCACUCAUAGUCAUUUGGAUUAUUGAUAACUAUUUACAACCUGCGUUUAUAUAUUCAUUUAUCUGCAACCUAGAGACUGUUUAACACAAAUACUGGAGUCGAGCGUAACGAUGCUCAUAUGGCUGAGAUGUCCCCACAGUAACAUGAGCAAGCGAGUGAAUUAUCAGUAAUAGCAGAAGUUCAUGCUGUUAAAUGAAAAAGUUCUAUAACUCAAAAAAGAGGUAUAAGAAGAAUUGUCUUUCGACUAGUCUAAAAUAGAUUCUAGAGAAACGUGCGUCAAAUGGAAAAAAAGAUGUAAAACAUAACGUUGAAAUGUAAGGGAUUCUUUAAAUUGUAUAUGUCAGUAUACUGGGGAUAUGUCUGAUAUACUACUCAAAGUCACGCUAUGGCAGAUCCUUUCAAUUAAUUUCCUCUUUGAAUUUACAUCUGAUGAAUUAUUUCAUUUG